AUGGCGCUUCGUAGAGCUAUCACAAAGCGUCUCAUCGACGGUUACAGAUCCAUUGGACCGUCGACAAACACGAAAAUCUUCCGUCAGUACGUGAACUCGCCGAACCUUAUGGACCGGAUCAUUGGGAUCCGCAUCGAGUCCGUUGCUCCUCCUCCCAAACGUGAGGAAACAACGGCUGUGAAGGGCUUAUCGGUGAGUGAGACCAAGAAGUUGCUGAGAAUAUAUCAAACGGAGAAGGUUAAAGCGAAACUCAGAGAGAUUCCAAAGAGCUCUAUUUGUUAUUUGGAGUUUGUUCAGAUCUGUCGUGAGACUUGUGGAAACAACGACGAGCAAGGUUCUCAAAUGGCCAAGUCUUUGGAUCAUUCAGGAUGCGUCGUCGUUUUAGGAGAUAUUGUUUUCCUUCAUCCUCAUCAGAUAGCUAAGUCUAUGGAGGCAAUGAUCAACCAAUCAUCAACACUCCCAAACGAUCCAAGGAAAGAAGAGUUAUAUAAACUUGAGAUGACAAAGAAGUGUAUUGACAUAAAGGCACGACGAAUAGUCAAGGCCGAGUUAUAUUGCGGUCUCGGAUUCUUAGCAGCACAAACUAUUGGCCUUUUGCGUCUUACCUUCUGGGAACUAAGCUGGGACGUAAUGGAACCCAUCUGCUUCUUUGUCACUUCACUUCAUUUCCUCCUUGGUUACUUCUUUUUUCUUCGGACUUCCACAGAACCAUCGUUCGAAGGAUUUUAUCGACAGCGGUUUAACACCAAACAGAAGAAGCUUAUGGAGAGCCAUGGGUUUGAUGUCUUGAGGUACACUGAGCUCAACUCUCUGUUUGCACCGUUACAAUGUAAAUCUCAUGUCUCGGCCGCUUAUCAUUAG